ACCCUCCGACCUGUUAAUCUUCACUUUUACAACAACAAGUUCAUCAUCCAUCGCACGAUCACGCUCACCUCAUCCGAUACAACGCGACUCCAUAGCGACUACUUGAUUCAUCGAUUACCGACACACGAGCUUGGUCGGAAGGCACACAAUCAUCAUGGCGCAAACAAGAGCAACCAACGCACUUGCACCUUUCCUCGCUCUGUCCAAGUCGGCCACAUCACCUCGCGCAGCCGCCGACUUGAUCACUCAAGCUACCUCGGCCACGAAUACCUACGUCUUCGGAGAGCUCCUCCAAACACCAAACAUUAUAAGUCUGCGCGAUCAACCGCAAUAUGGCAACCACUACACACUACUCGAGCUGUUCGCCUGGGGCACAUGGGCCGAAUACCAAGGUGCGUCUUGCUCGCCAUAGCCACUCAAGGAAGAAACACUGACAUGUCGCAUCGCAGCCCUCUCAUCAUCACUACCCCCACUGUCACCGACU